ACACACACACACACACACACACACACGCACACACACACACAAACCCUUCUCUGUUGUGUCACUCUCUGCUCUGGUCUCUGUGCGUAACAAUGUCGGACUUGGAGAACUGCCUGAACACCAUCAUUCACAUCUUUCACAAAUACUCAGAGCGAGAGGGAAAAAAACACACACUGAAGAAGAGUGAGCUGAAAGAACUGCUCACACACGAGCUGCCAUCAUUCACACAGCAUAUAAAGGACCCGUCCUCAUUUGAUUCUCUGAUGGAGGGUCUCGACACUGAUGGAGACGCCGAGUGCGACUUCCAGGAGUUCAUGACCUUCAUCACCAUGGUGACCAUCUGCUGCCACAAGUUCUUCGAGCACCACCAUGAGGACGAAUGAGACGGAGAGAGAAAAGCACUGGAAAUUAAAUGAGAUUUUAUUAUUAGUUUAAUGGCAUAGAAUCACAAUCCAUAACUUAGAUUUAUUUUUCUCAUUGGGUUUGAGUGAUUUCUAUUAGUUUGACUGGUUUUAUCUGGUUCUGACUGGAUCUGACCGGUUUGGAUUACAUUAUUCUGGAUUUGUUUAAUAAAGCUAGUUUUAACUGGUUUGCUCUGACUGGUGUUGGCUGGUUUUGACUUAUGUAACUAGUUUGAAUUAGUUUGUACUGACUGGUUUGAACUGGUUUGAACUGCCUUACACUGGGUUGAAAUCAAAUGUCUACAAAUUCUUCUGCUGAUUUUACUUAGCAAACCAUAUCUGAUAACUAACCUUAUUUUCUAAACUAUAUUUAUUUUUUAGAAAAAUGACAUUAAUAAAAUUAAUGUAAUGACUGGAACACACACUUCCAUAAAUAAAAAAUACAUGAAUUUUAGUAAUAAUUUAUAUUUCUGUGUUCAGUCUGAGUGAGAUGAGAUUGUUCACUAUUACUUUAAAUGACUUGAAUAAUCACAGCGUUAAUUAAUUUAGUCAGAAUGAUAAAGUAAUAAUUAUUUUAUGACUCUAGAAAUCCUCAUGUUUACCUUUAGCUCAGUGAGACGCUUCUGCUCCUGAUAUUAUCUAAUACACUGAGCAUGAAACACACACACGUCCUGUACAAUUCUCCAUCAAUCUUCAUGUCAUUUCUAAUGCAAGCUUGUAAAUGAUAAUAAAAAUGAUUUCAAUACAUA